AUGUUAAUUGAUAUUCGAUAUAAUCCUGAAGUAGCCCGACGCUGUGAUCGACGAUUUGGGUGCAAACGAAGCGAAGAUAUGGAACGAGUUCCGGCAUUAACAUGUACUUCAGAGUGCCUGGAUAUCUACCUCGGAUCAUAUCACAUCACCCCACUCCGUAUAUCAAUAAUAUUAGUUUAUAACUAUCCAAACCGAUCUGUCUAUCUAUCACUUUCUUUAUAUCGAUUGUUUACAUUACUAUUUUUGUAUCAAUGUAUUUUUAAGCCAUUACAGUCUGUUCACAUCUAUCUAUCUAUCUAUCUAUCUAUCUAUCUAUCUAUCUAUCUAUCUAUCUCUUUCGAUCUUUGUAUAUCUAUCAAUCUAUCUAUAAAUCAACUUGUGUUUUAUCAUAUCAUAUCAUAUCUAUCUAUCUCUUUCGAUCUGUGUAUAUUUAUCUACCUAUCUCUUUCGAUCUUUGUAUAUCUAUCUAUCUAUCUAUCUGAAAAAUCAACUUGUGUUUUGUCAUAUCUAUCUAUCUAUCUAUCUAUCUAUCUAUCUAUCUAUCUAUCUAUCUAUCACUUUCGAUCUUUGCAUAUCUAUCUAUAUAACUAUCUAAAAAUCAACUUGUGUUUUAUCAUAUCUAUCUAUCUAUCUAUCUAUCUAUCUAUCUCAUCCUUUUCCUUUUUGUAUCUAUCUAUCUCAUCCUUUUCCUUAUCUAUCUAUCUAUCUAUCUAUCUAUCUAUCUAUCUAUCUAUCUAUCUCUUUCGAUCUUUGAAUAUCUAUCUAUCUAUAUAUAUAUCUAUCUAA